CACACAUGUCAGAUUUCAGUUCACCCGAAACAGUCUUAUAAUCCUCAGUCAUUCACUAGAAAGCAGUCGUGCAGGAUGAACCUAAUCAAAGACAAGAUUUUAUACUCUGGCGAAAAGGAGGUGAGGGAUUAUGGCAAGUAUUUUAUCUACAGAGUCCUAGAUGAUGUUCAUCAAGAGCUUGAUGAGACCGGUGACCGAGAUUGGAUGGUGGACACCGAAGAUGGUGGUUCAACAAAACUCUCUUCUAUAUAUCCUAUUUCUAUCAGGAUUGCUAGUGCAUUUUCAAAGCUUGGAUUUAAAGCUGGAGAUGUCAUCCAGACUGGAUAUUCAACAUGCCUUGAUUUUUAUUGGCCAAUCUUUGGAGCAUGGAUGUGUGGAGGAGUUGUUAGCUUGGGGGAUCCCUCCCUCAAUCCAGAUCUUAUAAGAUAUCAGAUUCUAGAUCUCAAGUCUAAGAUAAUUGUCUGUAGCUCUGAGCAUGCCUUGAAAUAUUCUAAAAUUGUUGCUAGCCUCACCGUAGAAGAGAAGCCUAUGCUCUUUGUUCUAGACGUCUUGGAAAAUAAGGUUCCUAUUGGCUGCAGAAGUUUUACAGAGCUAUUUGAGGAUGAUGGACUUGAUGCACCUUCUUACGAGUCACUCCCACCUUACAAUCCAUUGGAUCGUCUUGUUGUCCUUUGGAGUGCAGGAACUACAGGAAAUCCCAAAGGUAUUGUGCACUGUCAUCAAACUCUGCAGAAUGUUGCAUAUCUUAAAAAUAUUUGCAACAAAAGUCUGAUUACUAAUGUGGGUUAUCACAUGGCAGGAUUCCUGCAUCAUUUGUCGUCAGGUAUUCUAGGGAGAACAAUUAGCUACUUUGUGAAAGAGCGUCUCUUCAGUGGAGAUACAUAUCUCAACGCCUUGGAGAAGUAUCAACCUGAAUAUUUUGUUUGCAGUGUCAGCAGUUUUACAUCAAUUGCAAAUGCCAAACAACCCUUCCGUAAUCUUCCCAAACUUAAGAUAGUAACACCCCUAGGCGGGUCCCUGUCUCCAGGAACUGUAGAGAGAGUAAUGAAGAUUCUUGGCGAACAUGUCAGUUUUCUGAAGAUCUAUGGGGGCACUGAGAUGGGUCUGAUAGGAAAAUGUGUAUACAGCAAAGAUUAUGAUAAUAUUGGACAGCUGGGUCCUGGAGUCCAGUUGUACUGUGCAGACCCAGUUACAGGUAGCAAGCUGGGACCUCACCAAGAGGGGAAAUUUAUGGUAAAGACACGCUCUAUGAUGCUGGGUUACCUCAAGAAAUCGGAUAAUGAUGAAAGCUAUGAUAGCGAUGGGUUUGCAUACAGUGGGGACAUGGGAUAUUAUGAUGAGCACGGAAACAUUUACUUCAAGUGUCGGAUGAAAGAUGUUCUAAAGGUAGAAAACUUCUGGUUUGGUCCGGGUGAGAUUGAAAACAUAUUGCUUAACGAGCCUGAAAUACUUGAUGCUGUUGUAUGGGGAGUGUACGACAACACUACCGGAAGUGACAAAGUUCAUCUUGGGGUAAUCUUUGAGAAUACGGAGAAUAGUUGGACUGAAGCAGACGUAAAGAGCUUGAUUGCUAAAAAGCUUCCUCGGACCCGGCACAUUACCGGCCAAGUUCACAUUCUUACCAAGAUACCUUACUCUGUGCAAGGGAAAAAAUUGAGAAGAGAAAUGCAGAGCUUUGUAAAUGGGAUAAAAUGCUAGUUGUUAAAUCAAAUUAAAAAAUAUUGAACUUGCUGGAAUUUUAAAGUUGAUAUAAAUAUGGCAUUGUUAUUUUUAUGUGCAUUGAAAUCCUAGGCUAUUUUUGUAGUGUCAAACGUUCUGUUCUUGGUAAAAAUGGCCUUUUUACAACAUUAAUAUGGAAAGGAAAAAAUAUUCCAAAAUUAUGUAAAUAGACAUUCACUAAACUUAUUUUAAAACAUUCAACAAUGGUGUUUAAAGUUAGAAAGUAUUUUUAUAUAUUUAACUGUUAGUACUUUAAAAAACGUAUUAAUUUGUAAUUUUGUAUAAAGUUUUGUAUAA